AGAUGUAGGCCGUCGAAGGAAGUGAAAGAGAGAGAGAGAGAGAAAGAGAAAAAAGGGAACGGGGUAACUUGACGCAUUAGGUUAUAAUACUCGAUGGAGUAAUCUCUUUUUUUUCUUUUCUACGCGAACAUCGGCUCGUUGCCGUCGGGUUGGACGAGAAGGCGAGCAAUCGACAGUGAUUGACAAUGCGACAAUGAGGAGACUCAAGUUUCUCGUGAUCUGCAUCGUGUUGCAGUGCUUGUACGGCGUAUGCACCACACACUUGCUCAUAAACGUCAAAAAUCAGGGUGGUGAUAUUCUCCUAGAAACAAUCUCGUCUAACGUUACGGAAGAUCUGAUCACCCUCGAAUUCCAACGUUCCGAUGGCACGCUAGUCACGCAACUUAUUGAUUUCAAAAAUGAGGUACAAGUUAUAAAAGCUCUGGUACUUGGCGAGGAAGAACGUGGACAAAAUCAGUAUCAAGUCAUGUGUUUUGUGAAUCAUUUUUAUAAGGUAGAUUUUAUAUCGUCCGACGCGAUGUCCAAACUACGUCAGAAGAAUCCGGGCACCGUGCGCGUAGCGGAGGAGGACAGAGGUCAUGUCAAUUACACAAUGGACUUGUUCCUGGACGUUUCGCAGUCCAAGGAGAUCUCGAAGCAUGUUACCACGCUCUGCGCUGAGGCAGCUGGAUUAACUUACACCAGAAACGACGAUAUAAAACAGUGGAUUCAAAGACCAGGUUCUUCCGAAGAGUUACUCAUGGCAGCUGUAUAUAACUUCACAAAUGUACCACAAUCAGGUGUGAAUGACACAAGGUCGGUGCUGGUCUCAAAAUGUGCUGACACAUCAAAUCUCUGGGCACCUUGCACGUGCUCCCUCGAAUUGUGCAUUGGCUGGUAUCCAUGCGGUCUGAAAUUUUGCAAAGGAAAGUCGGACGGCAAGAAGGUAGCGAGCACCUAUCGAUGUGGCAUUAAAACAUAGUGGGCAGAGCCGAUUCCAGCCUCAGAAGUUCAUCCACCGUGCAGCCGAGGUGCUAUUGUUCGAGAGAGCCGACCGAGUUGGAGACCGAGGGGAAGAGCGGUACGCGAGGAGAUGGCGGGGAAAGAAGGAAGGAUGGGGCAUCGGGAGAGUGAUAUGUAUAUGCGCGUAUUGUACGUACGCGAAGAAAAGUGUGCCUUUCCCUCGCGAGUUCAGACAGUUCUUACGCACUUCCACCGCGCGCGCGCGCGCACGUCUAUUUAAUUUCAAUCGGCUGCCAAUCUUUCCCCGAUCUAUCCCACCUCGCGGCGAUCCGAAAGGUCAUCCCACCGCGGCUCGGCACGGCUUAUUACGUUUUAUUAGCCCAAUAAGAUUUAUGGAGAUGCUGGACUCACAAUUAGACGUUUUUACAUCUGAACACGAUUUUGUUAAGCACAAUCGAUAUCGCCCUUGCGAAAAUUUUAAUUUCUGUCCAAAUAUGUAAUUGUCGAGUCAACUCGUGCAAGGACCGAAGUUUCUCGGGGGAGAAACAAAACGGCGUGAAACGACGACUAUGGUAUACCUGCACGGCUAAUAAUUUUCAAUCGGCUCACCGUCCCUUAAAUCGACCAACGAGGUCGACGUUAUCGGCCCUUCCGCGGCGAGCACCAUUAUAGUGAGAUAUUGUACACGCUGAUCCGUCGUUUAAGGGCCGCGAACGGAAGGCGAUUCGGUAUUUUACGAGAAGACGCGAGCGCGGUAUUCUCCUCCUCUCGCGAAGGAGAAUAUACAGAGUGUCUUUUCCGUUCUUCGAUCGUGGCUUCUUCAACCGAUUUAGAAUAGCAUUAUAUUAACAAAAAUUUCGAUUACCGUAGAUUCUCUUACAAUUAGUGUUUAAUGAUGACUCCUAAUAAUAUUCUCGUAUUAGAUUUCUGCCAAGAAUAGAACGUUCACAAAAAAUGAACCAAGAAAGCUAAA